CCGCCGCUUUGGCUUAUUACCAAUCAGUUUCCCGGCGGUGAAAGUUCUUGUUGGUACCCGAGCGCUUGAACCACUAGGCUGGCUAAAACAGCGACCCUCAAAAUCGUACCGAAGUACCAUCGGCGAAGCUGCUUCGUUUCCAAGUCCGACAAAAUCUACUUGAAGUCCAUUUUCGGCUUCUAUUCCAUGUACCAUAAGAGCUACACUUAAAGUGCGAGUUUUCCGGUAAAUAGUGACGCGUUUCGAAUCCAUUCAACAUGCCUGAUUUAGUUGGAAGCGCCAACAGCAACGUAUUCUCAACGGAGGCGGCCAGAGCCGUAAAGAGCAGAGCUCACAAUGUGGGCCUUUUUCAGCAGCUGCGAGGAGUCACUGUUGUAAGCGGCAACAUCAAGGACCUGCCUCCAAAGGUCAAGUCCUACGUGGAAGAGCACAUUGACUUGUGCCAUCCGGAGCGGGUGCAUAUUUGCGAUGGCACCGACCACGAAAACAGCCACCUGAUCCAACUGAUGCAGCAGCAGGGCACGAUCGUACCAUUGCCCAAGUACGAAAACUGCUGGUUGGCCCGGACGAACCCCGCAGAUACAGCGCGUGUGGAGUCCAAAACGUUCAUCUGUACGGAGAAUCGCUCCGAAACCAUCCCCAGAGUCCAAGAGGGCGUCAAGGGGACUUUGGGCAACUGGAUUGCCCCCCAGCAGAUGCAAGAAGCCAUCAAGGAGCGGUUCACUGGAUGCAUGCGAGGUCGUACCAUGUACGUAGUGCCAUUUUUCAUGGGUCCCGUGGUGUCUCCCUUAUCGAAAAUCGGCAUCGAACUCACUGACUCCCCUUACGUGGUGGCGUCGAUGCGAAUCAUGACCAGGAUGGGAAACCUGGUGCUGAAGAAGCUGCAAGAGGCGGAGGAGUUCGUCAAAUGCCUCCACUCGGUCGGCACCCCCGCUAAUGGUGUUGUGGAGGUGCCCAGCUGGCCUUGCGAUCCCGAAAGAACCAUAAUCCUGCACAAACCCGCCGAAAACGAGAUCGUUUCCUAUGGAAGCGGCUACGGGGGCAACUCCCUACUAGGCAAGAAGUGCUUUGCCUUAAGAAUCGGCUCCACCAUUGCCAAAAGGGAGGGCUGGCUAGCUGAGCACAUGCUGAUUCUGGGCAUCACAAAUCCGCAGGGCAAAAAGCGCUACAUCGCAGCAGCUUUUCCUUCGGCGUGUGGCAAAACCAACCUGGCCAUGAUGACCCCCAGCUUGCCUGGGUUCAAGGUGGAGUGCGUUGGGGACGACAUCGCCUGGAUGCGCUUCGACCAGCAUGGCCAGUUAAGGGCGAUCAAUCCAGAAAACGGGUUCUUUGGGGUCGCCCCGGGCACCUCCACCAAGAGCAACCCGAUCGCCAUGAAGACGAUCUUCAGCAACACGCUCUUCACCAAUGUGGCCUCCACCAGUGACGGCGGCGUCUUUUGGGAGGGCAUGGAGGAUGAGCUCCAAUCCGGAGUUGCCAUUACGGACUGGAGGGGGCAGAAAUGGAGCAAGGAGAGCAAAUCGCCGGCGGCCCAUCCCAAUUCCAGGUUCUGCACACCGGCCAAUCAGUGCCCCAUAAUCGACCCGCAAUGGGAGGCCCCUGAAGGUGUCCCUAUUUCCGCCAUACUCUUCGGGGGGCGCAGGCCCGCUGGGGUUCCUUUAGUUUACCAGGCCCGAAGCUGGGAGCACGGCGUGUUUAUUGGGGCUGCAAUGCGCUCUGAAGCCACCGCUGCUGCUGAACAUAAGGGCAAGAUGAUAAUGCACGACCCAUUCGCUAUGCGCCCAUUCUUCGGCUACAAUUUCGGUGACUACCUGCAGCACUGGCUCUCCAUGGAGAAGCGCUCCCAGAACCUGCCGAAAAUCUUCCACGUGAACUGGUUCCGCAAAGGCGACGACGGCAGGUUCCUGUGGCCCGGAUUCGGCGAGAAUUCCCGGGUUUUGGACUGGAUUUUAAGGCGAUUGGAUGGCGAAGAAUGCGCUGUGGAGACCGCCAUCGGCUUUAUCCCGAAGGAGGGCGCCCUGAACCUGCAAGGGAUGCAGGAAAAGGUGCGCUGGAAUGAACUGUUCGGGCUGUCCAAGGAGUUUUGGGCGGCAGAAGCGCUGGCUAUUGAGAAGUACUUCAAUGAGCAAGUGGGGCAGGACCUGCCCGCGCCAGUGGCGCAACAGCUUAAAGAUCUGAAGCGAAGAGCGGAAGCUAUGUAGACCGACGUCCUUACUAAGUUUUAAGUUAUUUUUAUAUGAUAUCUACUCUAAUAAGUGCAUGUCGCGGGUGUUAAGAGACCUUAAUAAUUGAUAAAGAGUUAAUGCCUAAA